AAUAGAACCAACUGCUUCUACGAGUACAAACCCAUUUUUCUCGUGUAUUAUUUAACGUAAACGUUAAAAAUUGCAAUGUUACAUCGUUUUUUAAUUAUUAAAUUUUAUAAUUUGAACUUUUUAAAUAAAUUUCUUCGAUUUUUCUUCGUUUCUAUUUGGGUUGUAAGGGAGUUUGACAAGUAGGCAACAUCGCAAACCACUUCAUUUGUGUUAUUCAGUUCCUAGUUUUAUUUCAGCAAGCAAGAUUAGUUUAGACAAGAAUAUUGGGUUAGUUCAAGUUUGGUCGCGACCGGUAUGACCUCGUAAAACUUUAUUUUAGUUCCAGUGUGUUUAUUUUAUAGUGUGUGAUUAGUGCAAAGUGCAAUGUACUCGAUAUUAAUGUAGGAUAUGGCCGAACAGCAUCGCGACCCACCUGAAAUCGAGUUGGAACAGCAAAUUCAGCUGAUCAAAAAACAACAACAACUCCAACAUCAGAUUUUAUUGCAACAGUUCCAGCGCGAACAGCAACAUUUAGCUGAACAACACGAACAACAAUUACGUCAGCAUUUGGAGCAAUUUUGGGAGAGACAAAAUCAUUUGAAGGAGCUGAGACAACGGGAGCAGCUGGAAGUGCUGCGAAAAAAGGAAAAACAUGAGGAGAGUGCGGUUGCUAGUACGGAAGUUAAACAAAAACUACAGUCGUUUUUACGACAAAGGGCUUCGGGAGUUAAAGGGUCUAGACCAGAAAACUCUUGUUGGUCCGAAGGUAUGGACACCGGCUCCGAUUCCUCAACGAUAAACAACGAUUUUCCAUUACGAAAAACAGCCUCCGAACCGAACCUUCUGAAGGUGCGUCUCAAACAACGCGUAAUGAAAAGAAUGCCGCCCUCGGUGAAGAAAAGACUCCUCUGUUCGCGCCUACCCCCGAGCGAAUCGCCGCCGCAAGAACCGCCCAAGGAGCUCAGCCCCCCCUGCGAAUCCGAAGAGUAUCAAAGACACGCGCUAUUCAGCAGCCCCUCAAUGCCCAAUAUCUCCCUAGCGGCCCACCACGUCCUCUCGCCCGAUCUCUCGGAGGCCGCCGUCCGGGCGGCCUGCACCGCCAGACUGGGUAUGCCUCUGACCGGUCAAAUGCUACCCGGCACUUUACCUUUCUACCCUUCGUUGCCCGCCAUCGAAAGCGAACACGAGGAUCAACCUCUGGACACGAUUAGCGAACUACAAGAACCUCAAUCUAGGGGCGUUAUCAGGCCCUUGGGUAGGACGCAAUCGUCGCCGUUACCUUUAGGUCAUCCUUUGUUAGCCGGACCACCGCCUCCCGAUCUCCCGCCGCCUCAACCGCCGUUACCACCCACCGAAGAGCAGGAGCAGAGAGAUCUAGAACUGAGGGCGAAUGAGUCCAGAAGUAUACGGCCGUUAUCUAGAGCCUUAAGUUCCCCCGUAGUACACCUAGGACCUCCGGGAGAAGGUCCUACGUUAUCUAGGCGGAGAGCUUCGUCUACUCCAACUACUGGUCUUGCUUACGAUAACCAAAUGCUGAGACAUGCUUGCGUAUGCGGCAACAACGCCAUCCAUCCAGAACACGCUGGAAGGUUACAAAGUAUUUGGUCCAGGUUACUCGAAACUGGAUUAGUAUCAAGGUGUGAUAAGUUGCGGCCUAGGAAGGCGUCGCCUCAAGAAUUACAGACUUGUCAUUCGGAAUCUCACGUUUUAUUAUACGGAACUAGUUCUUUGAAUAGGCAUAAAACGGAUUUAACUAAAUUGAAUAAUUUACCAGUUACAGCUUUCGUUAGGCUUUCAUGCGGAGGGAUAGGGGUGGAUUCCGAUACGACAUGGAACGACAUACACACACCACCCGCAGCAAGGAUGGCUGUAGGUUGUACGAUCGAUUUAGCGGUACGUACCUGGACUGGAGAUAUAAGGAACGGUUUCGCUAUAGUUAGACCUCCGGGUCAUCAUGCGGAACCGCAACAAGCUAUGGGUUUCUGUUAUUUUAAUUCGAUAGCCAUAGCAGCAAGAAUCCUCCAACGCGAACAUCGAGUCCAUAAGAUACUAAUCGUCGAUUGGGACGUCCAUCACGGUAACGGUACUCAAGAAAUAUUUUACGAUGAUCCUAGAGUGCUGGUCAUAUCGAUGCACCGGCACGACGAUGGUAAUUUUUUCCCCGGCACUGGUGGGGUUACCGAAUGUGGAACCGGCGCCGGGGUCGGAUUCAAUGUGAAUAUAGCAUGGUCCGGUGGAUUGAAUCCGUCUUUCGGCGAUGCCGAAUACUUGGCGGCGUUCAGAAGUGUUGUUAUGCCGAUAGCCAGAGAAUUCGAUCCCGAUAUCGUCCUGGUUUCUUCUGGAUUCGAUCUUACCGAAGGACACCCCGAUCCAUUGGGCGGUUACAGAGUAUCCCCUGCUUGUUUCGGUUACAUGACCCGUCAAUUGAUGACGUUGGCUCGGGGGCGGAUUGUUUUGGCGCUCGAAGGCGGUUAUGAUCUACCGUCGAUAUGUGAUUCCGCUGAAGAAUGCGUCAGGGUUUUAUUGGGGGAUCAACCGUCUCCGAUCAGCGCGUUGGAAUUAUCGCGUAUACCUUGCCAUAACGCCAUUUUGACCAUACAAAAGGUUAUCGCAGUGCACAGUGGCCGUUGGUCCUGUUUACAAGAGGCUGCGAAAAGCGCCAUGUGCUCAUUCAACGACGCCAUCCGCAGCGAAAAGGAAGACAAAGAUACGGUUAACGCAAUGGCGAGUCUCUCCAUGCAGCAUCCCGUAACCAACAUGGUAAUAUCCCCCAUCGGAUACUUACCCACCAGCAGUCCUCAGAACAUCAUACGUCCCAGUGCAUGAAGCAAACGGUGUUGAAAUACCGAGUUUCUUUUUUAUUUGCGAAUUGUCGCAAUGCUGGACGAAUUGUUUUGUUGUAUACGGGACGUCUCACGUAUUUCGAUAAGUUUUUAAUGAAACAACAGUAUUUAACGAUGAUUUUUUUUUUAGGAAAAAUUAGUUUAUAAGACUUGGAGUACCUGUAACAGAUUUCUCGAUUGCUCAAUUGGUAAAACGAAAAAAAAAAAACAUCUAGAUGAGCUCAACAGCUGCGCGCAAUAUUUAGAAUACGGUGAGACGUCCUGUAAUUUAGGGCGUUCGAUGUUUACUAAAUGUGAGAAGUGGGUGCAAUGAAUUUCAUUUUAUUUUGAAAAUUGUUAUAAAAAGCGGGGGAUGUUGAUGUUUUAAACGAGAAAACACAAAAAAAAUUGGUGUUUUACAAUAAUUAUUAUAAAAUGUCGAACUGUUUGACAUUUUGGACGUCACCGGGCAAAAAUUUAAUUCCACUGGGCCUAAAAUUCAUAAAAACAAAGAUUUCGGACAAGUACAAUUCUUCCUUGGGUAUAUGAACUAUUGCAAUAGUUCAAAUGUAACAAAGAAAAGAAUAUGUAUUAUUAGGUAUAUUAGGUACCUAUUGUUUUGCAGUAGUUCAAAUGUAACAAAGAAAAUGUGUGUAUGACAUACUUAGGUACCUAUUGUUUUGCAGUUGUUCAAAUUUAUCACAGGUAUCUAAACAUUGAGGUGCGUCAAUUUUUUUUAUUUAGUACAAUCAGCAAUCAUAAUUUUGAGCUAAUCUGAUGACUUGGGGGCUGCUACCCCGCAUUGGAUGAAUUCUCCAAAUGAUAGACAUCUACCGUUCCAUGAAAUCAGCCGGCCACUUUUUCCCUAGUCUUCUAAUGCUGUUUGGUACAAGUAGAGGUUCUAAUGGGUGAUUUUGAUGAGAUAUUUAACAUAAUUUUGAUGCAGAGUUUGCUCAAUACCAGAUUAAGUAGAAUUUUCGACCGGCUUCUUCGUAUCUUGUGCAUACCCAUAUUUCUAUCCCAUCUACCCAUUUUUUCUAACCUUUGUUGGAUUCGGUCUGGUUCGUUCUAAUCCCAAACCAAUACCAUGGAAAAUUGAUGUUACAGGAAAUUUUUCUGAAAGUUAUUCGAUGGAAGGAUUUCCUUGAUUUUGUAGGGGAUGACUAGAUGCCAAACUUUAUCAAAAGCUCGAUCCACAUCUAAGAAUACAAUACGGUUAUUGUUCAAUUGCCUCAUUGAUGGCGAGUAGUUCAAAUGUAACACAUUUUCUCCUGAUUUGUUUUUACAUAUAAUAAUUUUAAGUUAGAAAUGUGACAUUUGAACUACUUGUUUGUAGGAAACUUCUGCUGUAAGUACAUUCGAGUUACAAUGAAAAUUAUUAUUGGACAAAAACAGUGGAAAGUGUUGUGUAAAAGGUUUGGUUCCGCAUGAAAAUGAAAGAACAAAGAAUACGGAAGAAAGAUGAAGUAGAUCUUGAGAAAAGGUGGAAAGGUAUCAGGUUUAAGCUAAUCUAGAAAUGUGACAUUUGAACUACUCGUUUUAAAGAAUUUCCUAUUGUAAAUACGACUUAGUUGUUAAAAUGGAAAUUAUCGCACCUAUAAUCCAAUUGAUGGAGAGAAAAGUUCGGUCUUUUAUGAGAUUGGAAAAAGAACAAAGAAUACGGAAGAUAUAUGAAGCAUUAACUUGGAAAAACAAAAAAGAAGAAGCUAGCCAGAAGAAAAAUAAAGACUGCAAAUGAAAAAUGAUAAAUAAAACAAGACGCGUGAUGGAAAAGAGUGGAAACCGCUAUGGAAAAAGGAGUCAACAAAAUGCUUGAACUACAACAAAUUUAACACCUGAAAAGGUAGAAAGGCGUCGGGAUUAAGCUAAUAUAGAAAUGUGACAUUUGAACUACUCGUUUUUAGGAAAGUUUCGCUGUAACUAUUAUAUUGAGUUGUAAUGGAAAUGAUAACACCUACCUCUUAAUGGACGAAAACUGUGGAGAGUAUUAUGUAGAAAGGUUUGGUUCGGAAGAAGAAUAAAUAAUACGGAAGAUACAUGAAGCAAGAACUUAUAAAAACAAAAAAAAAUGAUGAAUAAAACAAAAGACACAUUAUGGAAAAGAAUGGAAACAGCUGUGGAAAAGGUGGCCAACAAAAUAGAGGUCAAUAGAAAUGUGACAUUUGAACUACUCGUUGUAAAUAAACUCCUACUGAAAAUUGUCACAUCUAAUGGAUAAAAACAGUGGAGAGUUUCAUUUUUAGAGGAAAAACUUGUUUGGAAAGGGGAAUUGGGAUUUGCCCGGUGGCUCAGUUCGGCCGUUGUUCAAUUAUAAAGAUGAAGAUACUUUUUUAAGAAAAAAAAAUAAAUUGUUGGAAUAUAUUGUUGUAGAUUAAAUUGCAGUAAAUGAAAAUUCAGACUCAAUUAGUUGUAAAAUCGGUUGCAGGAUGGUAUUUAAUAUUUCUCCAAUCAUUUGAGUCGAAAAGUAGAAUAUUUACAAGGAAAAUGCGUUUAAUUCAUCAAAUUAUGACGUAGAAUAUUUUUUAAUUAAUAAUUUUUGAUAAUACAACGAAAAAUUUUGAUUUAGAGGUAACAAAAUUUAUCAAAAAAUCUGUAGUAUCAAAACGGGGUAAUGUCAACAGAGUCAAAAUCCCUUUUUAUAUCCAAGAAGAUUCCUGCCACCUUUAAACCUCUGAAAUUUGCAUAUUUGAAAUUAUAAUGAUGGAAUGUAACAUUUUUUCUUUGGAUCCAAAUUUAUUUUCUUUUGUUAUUUUCCUUGGAUGAUUUUCUAAAUAAAUUUUCCCCGUCUUAACUAAUUAUGAAGUGAUUACAUAUAAUUUUGUUUAUAUUUUGUACCAUCCUGUAACUGUAUAUUAAUUUUUUAUACAGGGCCAACAACCCCUAGUGUACAUUGAUGUUGAAAUAUCCUUUUUUAAAACUUUUAAGAAAAAUUGGAGGAUUUUGGAAGCACUUGACAUUUUCAUUAACGCAAAUAUCAUACAACACGCACAGUUUUUUUAAUGCUAAUGUAUAUUGUCGAUUAAAAACACCUACUGUUGUUUUAAUGCCCUAUACAACAUUUAAUUUUGAAAAAUGAUGAAAAUAACUGAAUUUUGGCAAUAUUUUGAAAAAUUAAUAGAUGGCAUUAACAUUUCGAAAUUAUUUUGGACACGAAGUCACCAAGACUGUUCUGAAAGUCAAAUUUCGGUCCCUUUAUUCGAUCAUCGCUGGCGGUAUAUCACAUAUUGGCUUCUAAGGUCUCAAUUGUUGCUGGAAGAAGUCCAUGAGUUCUUGGGUGUUGAAUUUACCACAUUUUGUUGAUACCGUAUCUCACCCGGAUCAAUAUAAUUCAUAUUUUCAACUGAAAAAGCAUUGAUUAUGGUGUGAUAACAAUUUCCACAACCACCUUAUUCAUUUUUAAAGAAAUAAUUCCAAUGGUGCGUAUAAACCGCACUAAAAUGUGGAUUUUUCUGAAAUUUUGUAGUUAAUUGAGACAAUAAGUGAAAAUUAAUUCGUUUGUACCACCAUUUGGAAGAAUAUCAAAUAACAUUAAUGUCCCAUGAUGCCAUCAGCUUAUAAACCACACUAAAAGGGCAUUUUUCUGCAAGUUGGUGGUAAACUGAGACAAUACGUGAAAAGUAGUUCAUUUGUACCACAAAUUGGAAGGAGAUCUUGUGACAACAAUGUCCAAUGAUGCCAUCAGCGUAUAAACCACACUAAACAGAACGUUUUUCUUCAAUUUGCUGGUAAACUGAGACAAUAUGCGAAAAGUAGUUCAUUUGUACCACUAUUUGGAAGGACGUCCAGCAACAAUAAUGUCCCAUGAGACCAUCGGGUAUUUUUCUGCAAAUUGAUAGUAAAUUGAGUCAAUAACUGAAAAGUAGUUCAUUUGUACCUCUAUUUGGAAAAAGAUCUUUUGGCAAUAAUGUCCCAUGAUGCCAUCAUCACUUAAACCACACUAAACGGUGCAUUUUUCUUAAAUUUGCUGGUAAACUGAGACAAUACGCGAAAGUAGUUCAUUUGUACCAUUUGGAUAUCUGGUAAUAAUAAUGACCAAUGAUGCCACCAUUAUGUAAACCACCCCAAAUGAUGUGAUUUUCUGGAAAUAAUGUCAAUUUAAAAACAUAAUCUUCAGGAAACCAUUUUUUUUUUUCAUUUUACUUUCAUUUUAGAUUUUUGCGGAAAGUAUGACAUGAAAUAUUCUGAAAAUUAUGCGUGUUGUAAUCAAACAUAUACUAGAAAGUGCAAUAGAUUUUUUCACCUCCUACUUUUUCACUAAACACGUUUUUUAAGAAAAAAAAAAGUGGAACAUUCCUGCAGUCACUAAAAGUGGCCGCCUUUUAUUAUAUAAGAUCAAAUUUAUCGUGUGUUUUAUUUUUGUUAAUAUAUUGAACGUUUUUAAUAAAAUCAUUUAUUUACUUUUAAAAA